CUCUCUGCCAGCCGGAGGAGCUCAUAAAGGAAGAACAUUGCAUUGCAGGCACUGAGGAGAGUGCAAGAGAAGCUGGGAAUUACACACUGAGCACAAGAACCUCCACACAAGGCUCUGGACACACCCUGCUGGGGGAACACGUCUUCUCUUUUUUUUUUUCCUUUUUUUUUUUUUUUUUUUUAACGAAACAUCGCCCACGCUGCUCCGAGAGAAAUCUCUCCUUCAUUAUCAUCUCCAAACCUCCUCUCCUCGCCUUCGCCCCGCUGAGGGCUGACACCCCUUGAGAGAGAAUUUGUUUUUUUUUCUGUUUUAAUUUGGAGAUUCUGUCGUCAUCCUCCUUUUUUUGCACCGUUCACCUUGUAAGUUGCAAAAAAAAAAAAAAAUCAAAUCAAAACAAACAAACAAACAAACAAACAAAAAGACUACAUACACCGAAAAAUCCAACACAAGGAUUCAAGACCUACCAAUUGAAGGACCUAGAUCUCAACCAUCUUUGUACAUCAAGAAUGGUCACUCAGAUAAUCAGCACCAUGGAAACUCAGGUGUCCAACGGUCCGACCGGAAACAGCCUCCCCAACGGCCCAGUGAUCAGCACCAACGGCUCAACAGACGACAGCAAGACCAACCUGAUAGUGAACUACCUGCCCCAGAACAUGACCCAGGAGGAGUUUAAGAGCCUGUUCGGCAGCAUCGGGGAGAUCGAGUCCUGCAAGCUGGUCCGGGACAAGAUCACGGGUCAGAGCUUAGGCUAUGGAUUUGUGAACUACGUCGACCCAAACGAUGCCGACAAGGCCAUCAACACCCUCAACGGACUCAAACUGCAAACGAAAACAAUAAAGGUGUCCUACGCCCGGCCGAGCUCUGCCUCCAUCCGAGAUGCCAACCUAUACGUCAGUGGUCUUCCGAAGACCAUGAGUCAGAAAGACAUGGAGCAGCUGUUUUCCCAGUACGGCCGCAUCAUCACCUCCCGCAUCCUGGUGGACCAGGUCACAGCAGGUGUAUCACGGGGAGUGGGUUUCAUCCGGUUCGACAAGAGAAACGAGGCAGAAGAAGCCAUCAAAGGCCUGAACGGGCAGAAGCCCCUGGGUGCAGCUGAGCCCAUCACCGUGAAGUUCGCCAACAACCCCAGCCAGAAGACGGGACAGGCGCUGCUCACCCAGCUGUACCAGACGGCAGCCCGUCGCUACACUGGCCCGCUGCACCACCAGACCCAACGCUUCAGACUCGACAAUUUACUAAACGCCAGCUACGGAGUGAAGAGCUCUCCUUCUCUCCUGCCCAGGUUCUCCCCCAUCACCAUCGACAGCAUGACCAGCCUGGCUGGGGUCAAUCUGACCGGGCCGACGGGGGCUGGCUGGUGCAUCUUCGUCUAUAACCUGUCACCCGAGGCCGACGAGAGCGUCCUGUGGCAGCUGUUCGGCCCGUUCGGCGCUGUCACCAACGUUAAGGUCAUCCGCGACUUCACCACCAACAAGUGCAAAGGCUUUGGGUUUGUCACCAUGACCAACUACGAUGAGGCGGCCAUGGCCAUCGCCAGCCUCAAUGGCUACCGACUGGGCGACCGCGUCCUGCAAGUCUCCUUCAAGACCAGCAAGCAGCACAAGGCCUGAGGCGUGGGCAGGAGACGCCCUGUCGCAUCGGCUGGUUCAGCCUGCAGGGGGAGCUCACGAGCUUCCCGAACACUCACGAAACCAUGGACCGGGAGUGAGUCUCUCGCUCUCUCUCUCUUUCUCAUACACGCUCACAAAACACAAACACACGCAGGACGUACACAAGUGUCCAACCCACACUCACGGAUCAAAGGGGCACACUUUGACAUGCGGACACACUCACACGGACUGAUGACGUUUAGUGUUUUUCCUAUCCACGCAAUCACGACAGUUCUUCCCCUCGCUUGCCUGUGCUGAAUUACCCAGAAUGGUGGAGGUGGAGGGAGGGAGGGGGGGGGGAGGUGGAAGACCGGGCAAGCUGACACGGCGGGGGCGGAAUGUACUGAGGCUUUAAUUCAACACAGGCAAAGAGUAAGUACCACGAAUGAAAAAAAAAACAGUCAAAAGUUAAGCAUGAAUUAUAAAUAUGUGCGACUCACCCUAACCGGAACCAAGAAAAUGGAACCACAGCCCUCCACCUUGUGUUCUGCUUGUGUCUAACAAAGACAGAUAGAACAGCGAGAAAUCACUUUUUUACGUGUGGGCAUUUCAAUCAAGGAUUUUUUUAAAUUAAAAAAAAGUAAAAAAAAAAAAAAAAAAACAGUGUUCGCUUAUAUAUAAUAUAAAUAUAUAAAUAUUUAUUCAAUAUUUAAGGUCAUUAUAAUAGCCAAGUAUGUAAGCAGUUUUUUAGGGAGAACUUUGUCUACUAUUCGUGAGCUCUUUCAUCUAGGUGCAACCUGACUGUACUGCAGGCUGUCCCCAGGCCAUUCAGUGUCUCACACACAAGCACACACGGACAUACACACACGAGCAGGCACCCCCGCACACAUGCAUGCGUACGCACGCAGGCGCGCACUGCCUGACUGUACUCCUACCCACGGAAGAGGAAUCACGCGACUCGCGCGCGCGUGCCGCGAGGAUCGAAAGCCGCCGACAGAGGGAGCCUUUCGCUCACGCGAAAAGGCGAACGCACGUUUGCACGCGCACACUUGUAAACCCGCGCACCACGAGGAACGAACAACCAAAAGAGAUGUCGCAAAGUAGGCCGAGUUCCGGUAAGCCCAAUAAAACCCAGAGGACACACUAGUAAAGAGACUCACUGACGCGCACGCACUCAAAUGUCCUCUAUCGAGGAUGCAAAAAGGAAAUCAUUGACUCACAGGAGAACCUCUCUGUAUUUUUCAGCUUGAUUUUUUCUACUUAGCGACUUAGAUUAGGUUCUACCUAAAGUGGCUGUCUUCUGACUUUGGACAUGGCGACAGUGUUUCCAUGGUUACAGUGUUUGCAUAGAAGCCUCUGGCAGGUCUGUGGCGAGUUUAACAAGAACAUACAGCAGCCGUAGCAGAACAAACAAACGCUUUGGGCGAGGUUUCGUUAUUUUUUCCUCUUACCGAUUGUAACCCAGAAGAGCAAUAUGACGUGUUACCUGGAGUGCUUUAUCCACGGCUCUCCUCUUCUGUUCCUCAAAGCCCCGCCCAUUGUAGUAGCUCCUCCCAUUCACACAAUCCCCUCCCAUUCCCCAGGUACCCUCCUGUUCUACUAAAUGCCCCAGGACACCUGCCUAAGUACCCUCCAUGAGAUGCAGGUUUCUAGUGGGCACCUACUGGCACGCAGCAUCGACUCAACCUUACUGUACUGUACAGAUGCGCCUUUUAUGGUACGACGGCGAAAAACAACUCACUUGACGGAAAAAGCCGCAGUGUUUACUUCGCACUGUGUCGGCUGGACGAGUAAAUGUUUCCCGGAAUAGAGUCAAUGAACACAAUCUUCACCGUAUUUAUAUCCAAACUCUCUAGACCUAGUCUUAAUCCCACUCCACCUUUACCCCCAUUAAAAUUAUAUCCCAGUAUUUAAAAAAGACAUUUGUCUCCUGAGCAUUAUAAACAAGACAAAUGCUAAAUUUGGAUAUCCUUAAAACAUAAACAAUAAUUAUAAUAGAUUUCAUAUGCCAGUGUGACCAUCUGCCAAAAUUCCGACUCAUUCUGAAAAAAAAAAUCUGAAUUUCAACAGAAAUAUUAUCUUCCAUGUUUAGGGUGAGACGGACUUUGGCAGAGAAUAACAAAAAUAGAUGAAACAAUAAGACAUCUUAAAUAUUGGCAAAAAAGACUUAAAUAAAAGGUGAACUGUGUUAAAAUUACUUUUCUAGAUAAUGCUUACUUAGCCAAAGAGGACAGUAGUCUCUUUGAUGUGAGAGGAUUCAGAAGGAAACAAAUCUAUUUUUAUACUUAAAGGAAAAAAAGACCUUGAUCAGAAUUUGUACUGAUUCUUGAGCUUAAAAUAUUUUCACAGACAUAUAUAGUUUAAUUUUCAUAUUUUUCAUUUAGGGAAGUCUGUGUGUGUUGGGGAGGGUGGGGGUAGGGAUUCAAUGGGGCGAGUUGAUGUUGUGUCUUGCGCAAAUUCUAGAUUGUUCACCUCAAAAUUUAGAUGGCUGUGAAGAUACAUAUCAUGGUCAGUGUGCAUAAAGACUCAGAAUACUUCAGGAACCUAUCUAAGGUGUCUUACCUUAAAUUCUUUUUUUUGAGUACAAGAAAUUGGAAAUCGGUUUAAUGGACUAAUGAAAAAAAUACAGCUACGGUUUUCCAUAUCCUAAAUAUGUUUUAAAGCAUCCCGGAAAUGAUGCAAAUACAAUCAGCGUGACGUCAAAACCACAAAAAAAGCUUUGAGUGCUCCUAAAGCCUCGAAACAUUUGGCUUUUAGAACGAUAAACCUUGUGAAUAGGGAAGGGUGGGCGAUUUGAUUUGGUGGGGGUUUUCAAAGUGAUCUUCCCUCCCAUUUCAAUUGCUUCUAACUCUCGAAAUCUUUAUGCAUACUGCUCUGUAGCUCUACGUAUACUGAAGAAUAUAAAUAUCACUAUUUCUGAACAUUCGUCAUUUAACUCACAUUUACGUUAGUUUUAUAUUUCCAAGAUGAUUUCGCAGAGUGACAGCACGACUUCCAUGCAAACAGGGCUCACGAGCAGGAAUGCAUAUUAUAAAGUAAGACAGCUGCUUGCAUCUUCGCAGAGACUGAUUUUGUUUUUUAAAACAGCGGCAAUUACACAGCAAACACAUGCACACACAUAUACACGCAGGCGUGCACAUGCGCAGAUCACCAUUCAAACACUUGAAGGUUGUUUAAAUUACACACCGGGCCAGGGCACGCCCACAUGCAAAACACAGGACUGCACAUACAUGUAGACACAAAGGAUGACACAUAGCCUACUAAACGGUGCACACACAGCACCGAGGACAAUGAUAUGAGACACAGGUACGCACCGCAUGAGCUCGUUAUAAUCCAUUUCAAAAGGAAAAAAAAACUUUCUUAUGGAACAGCAAGUGCAAUGUGCUUUGUUUUUAUAUUGACUGAGAACAUAAUAUAUAUUUUUUAAAAAAGAAAUUAAACGUCACACUGAAAUCGUUUGCAAAAAAGUGAAAGGAUCAAAUGUAAAAAAACUAAAAAACAAAUGUGUAAAUGUCGACUCAUUACAAAAAAAAAACACAAAAAAAAACCAAACAAGCACUCUAAACUCUGAUCUCUGGAAAUAUACAACACUCCUUCCGUUGGCCCGUUGAUUUUCGUUCUGACUGCGUUACUAACACAAAUAGGCUAGUUGGCUUCAGAAUCCAAAUUUUUUGAAAGAGCAACAAUGAAAUUCUAUGGAAAAAAUCUGAGGUGAUUAGGUUUCCACCAGUAUCAAUAUUAGAAUAUAACUCCUUUUAUUUAAUUUAUUGGUUUGUUUUACAUAUCAGAUUCACGCGUUGAUUAAGCGUUUUUGUGUCAUUGAGAUUAACAUAGAAGACGCACGUGGGUUGAAGACUCAACUCAGUUGCUUUUUAUUGGGCACAAAUUUUCAAUAAUUUUUGUCUCUUUAUUUAAAAAUAAUUAGUUGCAGUUCUUAGUGUUUGCAGAUUUUAGAGUUAGACUUUUAUUUCAAUCAAAAUGUGUUCGAUUGUGUUUGUAAAAGUCUGUGGUAGUUUUUGUUGCAACAAAAAAAUUAAACGUGAAAAUAUAAGAUAGCGCCAACAAACUUGUACUAUUUGGGCGACUUUAAACUUGUAGAUUUAACUUAUUGUUAACUUAAAACUAUUUAUUACUAUUAUUGCCUCGUAUAAAAGUAUGUUUUGUGUAUAUUUAUGCUUUAUUUCAUUAUAUUUGCUAGUUUAAAUGAGUUCUCAAUUUUGCUGAAAUGUGGCUAUACCAUAUUUUUCUUUUAUAAACGGGAAUGAAAAAAAACAUUCAGAAAUAUAACUGCGAAAAGUUAUCCGUAGGCAGAGUGCACUGGUAAGGAAAAUAAAUUGGUGUGUAGACAACAAAAAUGGCUUGCUUGAUGUUAUGUUUAUUGCCUGUGUUCUGUUUGUCUUGUUACAAAAAAAAAGAAAAAAAAACCUUUGAUUUUUCUCAUCUUUCAUGUUGUAUGGAAUAUCGAUUCUGUCCAAUCUUGCAACCACUUUAUGAACCCCAAAAGCGGUGGUUAAAUUCUGGGUCGGGACCACCUGUCUGGACUUGUGUUUUCGGGAGUAGUGCUGCGCUCCUGCCGGAGAAUUAAAAACCUCUGAGAUAACGGAGAGGAGAGGAAGGAGAAGGAUGGCUGUGGCCGGUAGGGGUCAGUGGUGUGUCUUUCUCACAACAAUGCGCUUUCUAUUUAUUUGGGGAAAGAGCGAGUUUCUUUGCCAUCUCUCUUAUUUAUUUAUAUAUAGUUUUUCGGGGAUAGUAACAAAACAAGGGAAAAACUACCAAUCCAGAUGGAAUAAAAUGUCAGAAGAACAAAGCUAAAUUCAACAGAAAAAUUUGAACAAGAUAAAGAAUGAUUCAAAUAAAUGUGACACCGGGGUAAAAUAAAAAAAAAACACCUUUUGAUUUAGCUUAGGUUAUCUAUUACUGGGUAUCAUCUGAAGACGCUUGAAAACUUUUCAUGGAAUUGUUUGAUUAUUUGUACUUUUCUUGCGAGAAAAAAAAAAUAAAAGUUACAAAUCUUACUGGUC